CUCACUGCAGUGUAACGAAAGUAGUGGUCUACAUUUCAUAGGCUCUCCAGCGCCACGCCAAGCUAGUGUGCUAUCCUGUAGCUUUUAAUUUUGCGUAGAAUCAUUCUAACGCACCCGGACCUUGGAGAUACUGGACGCAUGCGAAUUUAAGAGUCAUUCCUAAUCAUAUGUAGGUUACUGGUACCGAUACAUACGCGCUCUCCAGCGGCAAAACCUUGCGAGGGGAGUGAACUGCGAGAGUUCUGCUAUGUAAACUGACACCAGCAUCUUUCCCGUUUUCGUGUUGUUUUGAAAGAAAACAUGGGGAGACAAAAACGCGGCGACUAAAUGGUUUUUUUUACGAAAAUGUGGAAAUUCUGAUCCGUGAAGAUUUUAUUCCAUCUUGGACUUAAAACCACUCGACGAAAGACGUUCCGAUAUCCCCCUGCUUCACGGACUCUGUUGUGCUCAGACUUGACAAGCUGAAUAUUACGUUGUUAUAACUGCGAGGGAGCACCAUCGCGGAUAAUAGCCUAUAUAAAUAAAGGGUGGUACCCAUGCCGUUGCCGCUGCUGCCGUUGCCGCUGCCGACAGUCUGAGGGCGUUUGAAUUAGCUCGGCGUGGGAGGGAAGGCUUCCAUAGUGGGGGUCUCGUCGACCAUUAGCUGUACCUAACCACCGUCAUCGCCCACUUCCUCCAAUCAGAAGAGCCGAAACACCAACCGAGCGAGAGCGGGGACUGACUGGAGACAUGGGCGGGGCUAAAGUCCUGCUCCUGAUGCUCGUCAUUGGCUGGGACAAGACGACGUGUGUCAACUGGAAUCCAAUCCCGCGCAAGACCGUCCGGAAUGGCGAAGUGUCUGACAGCAUGGCUCGCUUCCACGCUGCGGGAGUCUGCAACUACAGCAUCUUGACUCUGUCGGAGGGCGACCGGGUGUUGUACGUCGGAGCCAGAGAGGCACUCUUUGCCCUGGACCCCAACGAUAUCAGCAGGCAACUCAGGCCCCAGAUUGAGUGGCCAGCCCCUGUGGACAAGAAGAAAGAGUGUGCAUCAAAGGGAAAAAACAACCAGACCGAGUGCUUCAACUACAUCCGGCUGCUCCAGACCUACAACCACACGCUGCUGUACACCUGUGGCACGUAUGCCUUCCAGCCCAAGUGUGCUUUCAUUAAUGCUGACCACUUCAGUCUCAGUACGGCCCCUCUCGAUGACGGCAAAGGGAAGUGUCCAUACGACCCAGCGAAAAGCUACACCGGCCUCAUUGUCGAUAAGGAACUGUACUCGGCGACCUUCAACAACUUCCUGGGUACCGACCCCGUCAUCCUCCGCAACCUGGGCUCUCAGCACUACAGUAUGAAGAGUGAGCCCACCUGGCUGGGCGAGCCUGAGUUUGUGGGCUCGGCGGUGGUGCGGGAGAGCCGGAGCAGCAGCGAUGGCGAUGACGAUAAAAUCUACUUCUUCUUCAGCGAGCGCGCCGUCGAUACGGACUGCGACCCGGAGCACACUGUGGCUCGAGUCGCCCGCGUCUGCAAAGGAGACAUGGGCGGCACCUUGACCUUGCAGAAGAAGUGGACGACCUUCCAAAAGGCUCACCUGGUGUGCUCGGUGCCCGACCGCCAUGUCAACUUCAACAAACUGCGGGCAGUCUUCACCCUGCCCGGCCGAGACUGGAGGGGCACCAGCUUCUUUGGCCUCUUUCAUGCGCAGUGGGGCGAUGUGGAUGUGUCUGCCGUGUGUCAGUACCAGAUUGAGGAUAUGAAGAAGGUUUUCAACGGCCCUUAUAAGGAAUUCCAGCAGGUUUCUGGGCGCUGGACACGAUACCGAGGCUCCGUGCCCAGCCCCCGGCCAGGAGCUUGCAUCACCAAUUGGCACCGGGAGAACAACUACAACAGCACGCUGCUGCUGCCCGACACCACGCUGAACUUCGCCAAGAGCCACCCGCUGAUGGAGGACCCGCUGGAGGCCCAGCCGCUGCUGCUCACCAAGGGCAAGAACUUCACCCGCCUGGCCGUGGACCGCGCCAGUGCCCUGGACGGACGCCAGUACAACGUGCUCUUCAUCGGCACCGCGGAUGGAUGGCUUCAAAGGGUGGUAAUCCUGCUCGGCGAGGCCCACGUGAUCGAGGAGAUCCAGCUGUUUGAGUCCCCACAGCCCGUGGACAGCCUGGCCAUAUCCCACUCCAAGAAGUAUUUGUACAUCGGCUCCAGCUCUGCGGUUCUCCAGCUGCCCCUGGCCAACUGCAGUCGCUACCACUCGCAGCCCGACUGCCUGCUGUCCAGGGACCCGUACUGUGCCUGGGACAGCGAGGGACGGGCCUGCGUCCGCAUCGACCUCCACCGCGGGUCCACUGGCACGCUGACACAGGACCUCAUGCUGGAAAGAUUCAGCCGAGGCAAGACCAAGUUUGACAAGCCCGUCUCCAUCCCCAGCCCGGAGCACUCCAGGCUGAGGAACGUGACUGUAGUUGUGGGCUCCGACCUGGUGCUCCCAUGCCACCUGGUGUCUAACCUGGCCCAGCCCUCCUGGUUCCUCAACGACCGCGAGCUCCUGCUGGGUAACGAAGGCGGCUCGGCAGCCCGCUUCGACCGCGCCCUGAAGGCCCUGGUGGUGCCCGAGGCCGGCUCGCACCAGGCUGGCCGCUACGUCUGCUACUCGGAGGAGCAGGGCGUCAGGUUCCAGACGGAGCGCUACCAGGUGACGGUGGUGGCCAGCCUGCCUGUGUUCAUGGAGGCACGGGCCCCGGACGGCAGCAUGGGUCUCUUCUGGGUGCUGGUGAUCACGCUGGGCGUGGCGUGCCUGCUGUUGCUCAUCGUGGCGUUGUACCUGCGGCGCCGCCUCAAGCUGGCGCUGGGCAAGGGCGCGGAGAUGAAGCCGCUGGAGAGCACGCUGGUCUACCCCAUCACGCUACCCAAGGAGCCGCCCACCUUCGUGCCCAGCAAGAUGCCCAACGACGAGGACCGCUUCUGGGAGACGGGCGCCAACUACUACUACUCGGACGGCUCCCUGAAGAUCGUGCCCGGCCACGCCAUGUGCCCGGCGGCCAGCUCGUCGUCCCCCAGCACCAUCCCGGGCCAGCCCAUCCACUCGCCCAGCCGUCUCAGCCUGACCAGCAUCCGCAACUCGGGCACCAACGGCUACAUCCGGCUCAACCUGAGCACGACCGCCGAGGAGAGGAGCAACGGCGGCGGAGGUGCGCUCAGCAGCGGCGGGGGGGUUGGGGGGCUGGGUGGGGCUCUCAGCGGAGGAGGUAACGACUACUCCAGCCCCUUCAGGGAGGAGCUGCGCAGGACCCUCCAGCAGAGGAGCGUGCUUCCUGACGCCAACCCGGAGGAGUCCUCCGUCUAAAAGGUGACUCGUUGCUUGGAGCCAGCCGAGUGGUCGGAUGGUCAAAACGGAUUGACGGAUGGACGGAUGGACUUAGCCCAGCAAAGUGACCUACCUCCCUCCUGGAUGGAGACUUCCUUCCUCCCUCCUCUCUCUUAUUCACUCACUCACUCACUUCCCUCUCUCUCUGUCUCUCACUCGCUCUCUCGCACUCAAUCAAUCUCAAGACUGGACCUUGCCUCCUUUCCCCUUCUCUCUCUCUCUCUCUCUCUCUCUCUCUCUCUCUCCUUCUCUGCCAAUGCUUGUUCAGCUCAACGUGACUUUUCUUGGCAAAACUUCACCGUGCUGUCCCCACAGGCAGUGCUCCAAAAGCCUGUUUUCAGUCUCUCUCUCUCGCUCCUUCUGUCUACAUUACACAGACUACAGACUUACAGCUCCAUUAAGGCCUGCCUUUCCCUCUCUUUCUCUCUCUCUCUCUCUCUCUCUCUCUCUCUCUCUCUCUCCUAAAAGCGUCACGUUGCCACCUUCCGUCGUGACCCUUCGUGCAAUGUUUUUCAACGUAGUGUAAAUUCUGUAUCUUUGAAAAAAACAACAACACUGCAAGUGGCAACCUGUGAAAUUGCACCUUGAGCAUGUCACAUCCGGUUUAGUGUGAAACGGCACUUGUGAAGACUGAAUUAAAAAAUACAUUGAGCCAACCAGACAGCCGGACUUUGACCAGGAGCAAAUUUGUUUUUUGCUCUAGCAAGCUGCGAGAAACACUAUUGGACAGGCUCGUUUUUUCUUUUCUUUUUUUUUCUUGCAGGAGCAGGAGGUCUGGUGAUGAAUUUUGCUUGCUGCACUCUCACCGUCAUUGAAGUCACCAUUUCGUUUGCCUUUUAGUGAGCAGAGAGUGGGAGCUACUAGAUGAAGCGUGGAGGGGAAAAACUGAAACUAAGCAAGACGACAAUCACGCGCGUCACGUCUCCUCUAGGGCAGGCCUGGCGAGGGGCUGCACAGAAUAUAGAGAGAGGAAGAAGGAAAAAAACAAACGCAUAAAAAAACAAGUGAGCUGAGGAAGGAAAGUGUAAUAAAGACUUGCAAAUGAAGGACUAAAAAGUUCAGACUUUUCUCAAAAAGCUCAUUUAAACCCUUUUUUCUCCCUUCGUUGUGUUUUUCCCCUGAGAAUGUUUUUUCAGCCCCUCAGCACUAAUAUAUUGUGAUGUAAAUUUAAAUAUUUCUAUGUUUCAUUUUUUGUAUUUUCUUCGGAAGAAUGGACACAAGAGCUGAUGACCAGUUUCAGCUGAGUGGAACUGCCCUGUCUGUGUAUAAUGAGAGUCAAUUAGAAUGUGAAAGGAAUAGUUAUUCCCAUCUCGCCUCUUCUUAUCUCAGCAAGUGAGAGCCAUUUUCACUUGCAUGGAAAUGAAGCCGGAGGACAGCGCAAAAAAAAAUUAAACUGGCUGCAAGGACAGACAGCCCUGUUUUUGAAAUGUUAUAUGAAGACGACUGCAUUGGAUGUCUUAACAAGUGCAUUAUUGUUUGCAUUUUUAUGUGUGUGGGAGGGGGUGAUGGGUAGGACUGCCAAAAAAAGGAAGGAUGAAUGGUGAUGCAAACGAACGAGCCCUGCCGUGACACCCUUGUAUGCCAAAUUGUAUGUAGGUGGGGUGAUGUAAUGUGUCCUGGAGCAUCCAACGGAAAUAUUCUGGGACUCUGUAUCCCCCCGUGUUCCCUGGCCUCAUGAAUGCCAAGUGUAGGAUGGAUGGUGGAAGGAAGGAGG